AUGGGAACUUAUCGGCAGCUCUGCCGACAGAAAAUCUACAUUCUGAUUUGUUGUCUUUGUGUUAUGUUCUUUCUGUAUUUGUUGGUUCCUUGCAAUUCUGGGCCCAAGAUGAUUAUGGUACCUAAAGAGAACAACAAAGUCGUAUACGACAACGAACAGCAAGCAAUUCCCUACGACGACGACAUGCCAAUUAUUUUUGUGGGAGGAAUGCCUCGCAGCGGGACCACCCUGAUGCGAGCUAUGCUGGAUGCACAUCCGGAAAUUAGAUGCGGAGAAGAGACCCGCGUGAUUCCGCGAAUUCUUGGUAUGCGAAUGCAAUGGGAGAAAUCCCCUCUGGAGAAGAAGAGGUUAGACGAAGCCGGGGUGACUAGUGAUGUUCUAGACUCGGCUGUUCGAGCUUUUAUCCUGGAAAUAAUCGCCAAGCAUGGCACUGCAGCUCCACAUUUAUGCAAUAAAGAUCCAUUUACUCUGAAAUCUAUGGUCUACCUCAGCAGACAGUUUCCACAGUCUAAGUUUAUUCUGAUGAUUCGAGAUGGUCGAGCCGUCGUCCAUUCCAUCAUUACCAGAAAAGUGACCAUAUCCGGCUUUGACUUGUCCAGUUACAGGAAGUGCCUGGAGAAAUGGAACUCGGUGGUAGAGACGAUGUACACCCAGUGCUUGCAUGUGGGCUCCUACAGAUGCUUGCCUGUUUAUUAUGAGCAGCUGGCUCUGCACCCAAGAGAGUGGAUGGUUCAAAUCUUAAGGUUUCUAGACAUUCCUUGGAACGAGUCGGUACUUCAUCAUGAGGAGUUUGUGGGGAAGCCAGGUGGCAUUGCACUUUCCAA